AUGGAUUCCUGCCGCGGCGUUCGUCCUAGCAGCACCAGUAUCUCCUCCGACCUGUCAGCACCUCUUCUCCACCCUGCCCCCCCGCAACCUUGCCCACCUGUUCCUGCCGCCUCUACCGAAGCCGAUGCCCUCGAAGCCGCGCCAUUCGUGCCUCUCUCGCGCGACUCGCGGCCAUGGCGGGACCGGCCUUGGCGCAUAGCCUUCCUCUUCCUCGCGAUUCUUACGCUCCUCCACGCGCUCCGCCUGCUCCUCCCCGCCCUGCGCGCGUCCCCCGGCCCCUCAGCGGCGCUCGUCGCCCUCUCGUACGCGCGCAUCGCCGUGGCCGUUGUCGCCGGCGCGCCGCUCAUGUGGGGCGUGCUGUUGUACGUGAGGCGGCGGAACAGCCUCACCGUGGUUCUCCCCGCGUUCCUCGCGCUCGUCGCGCUCCUCUUCUUCGUCGGCGCGUUUCUGAUUCUCCGCCUCCCGCGGCUGCUCUCCUCGCACUCACUACCACGCACAAUCGCGGGUCCCAUCGCCACUGCUGCUGCCGGCGCCGCCACUUCGUCGCACGCUCUUGCUGCUACAGGCACGCUCGCUGCCUCAGCAGUAGCAGCAGCUCGAGCUAUGCUGACGGAUAGAGUAUCUUCCGUGGUUGAUGCCGCCGCUGCCGCUUUCUCUCCCUCCCUCACUGCCAACAGCAGCAGCGCAUUGCCACUCACUCCCAGCCACCUCGCGUCUCCUCCCCUCUCUUAUUCCCUCGCCCUGCUCUUCUCCUCAUCCCUCUCUCCCAACAACUCUGCACCCCUCACCUCCCCACCGGGCAUCCGUCCCGUUCUACCCCCUCCAUUCCUCACCUCCCCGUUCCCCACCUCCCCGUUCCCCCCCAUGUCCUUCCUCGCCCCGCCCUUCCCGUCCUCGCCUCUCGUUUCCUCCUCCGUGUCGCCGCCUCUCCUAUCCCUCGAGUCGAACCAUUUCCUAGUGCAAUUCUCCUUCCUCUUCGCCCUCCUCAGCCUAGCCAUGCUCCUCCUCCUCUGCUCCCGCUCACUCAAACGCCUCUCCCUCUCCCUCCUGCGUCACACCGCUUCCCUCCUCCUCUCUCACUCCCAGUCCAUCCUCUACUUCUUCCUCCUCCUCCUGCCCCUAAAAGUCCUCGUUACAUCACCACUCACUACAGUCAUCAGGAAGGUGUUUGUCCUGUGCGCUAUGGCAGCAGGGGAGGGCGAGAUUCCCGGUGUAUGUGCAGCGUGGUUGCUCCCACUCCUCACGCAACUCGCCAACCCACCGCUGCUGCUGCUCUUCCUGCUCCUGGGCCUGUGGGCUGUUGUGGUCUUCUCCAUGCUCGUCGCCCUCCUCGUUGCUGCCCUCAUGGGCCACGGCUUGAGCGCACAGGAGGGGGUUCGGAGAAACGAAAUCCAACGUGGAAAGCAUUUCGGGGAAGGUGCUGCUGGCGACGGUGCUGCUGCUGCCUACCCUGCUACUGCAGGUGCAGAAGGUAACGCAGCAGUCGCAGCGGUCCCCACGCGUUCUGUGUGGUCAGCGGUGCAUGCAUCGCAUGUGCCAUCAGCCGUUGGCAUCACCAAACGACCCCAGUUCUCACACCUGCCUCUGCUGGGUCACGCGCUCAGGCUCGUCCUCACGCGCUCCCUGGGCACAGCUGCAGCGGUGGCGAUGCUGCUCAUCGUACUGUACAUCCUCUUCACCGCACUCAACACCUGGCUGGUGGUGUACGUGUUUGCGUCUUUGGAGGUGCCGGGGCUGCUGACGGGCUCUGCUGCUGCGCUGCUCACCAUGGCGCAACUGGUGCUGCUGCACGUGUUUACCUGGUUCGUGGUGCCAGUGGCGGCUAUCACGGGCAAGGGCGUGUCGGCUUCUCUUGCCAUCGCGCUGCGCCUGCUGCCCGCACACCUGCUGCCCUCGCUCGCCCUCUUCGUCUUCACUCGCAUGCUCAUUCUCGCCCUUGCCAUCACCACCGAAACUCUGCUGUGGCUGCUG